AUGAAUCCCCCCAUUCGAGUCGCCAUAAUUGGCGGUGGUCUGGCUGGUGCCUCCUUGAUACAUGCCCUUGUCAAAUUUUCCCACCUGAAUGUCCACAUUUUCGAGGCUGCUCAAGAAUUCAAAGAAGCUGGAAUGGCAUUUGGAAUCGCCCGAAAUGCACAAGCUGCUCUGGAGCUCAUCGGCCCUUCGGCCGCGAAAUGCCUUGACGAAGCUGGAGCUGUUCCAAUGAGGGGCGUUAGGUUCAUGUUGGCGCGAGGAGAAGGAGCAGGAACCAUGGCCGAUGAGGUCGAUGAUAUAGUCCAGGGGAAGCGUCUCACGAGCAUUGUGCACCGCGUUAAUUUGCUGGAGGCACUGCUGGCCAACAUCCCUCAGGAUCGAAUGCAUGCCUCCAAGAAGCUCCAGACAAUAGACCAUAAUGGCUCGAUUACCCUCACCUUCAUCGACGGGAGUAUCUUUGAAUGCGAUAUUCUUAUCGGCGCUGAUGGUAUUCACAGCACCGUUCGAAAGCUUAUCUUGGAUGAGAACGAUCCGGCAGCUUCUCCUCAAAACAGUGGUGCUUGGUUUCUUAUGACUCUCCAACCAUUCGAAAAGGCUCAAGCAAGUUUAGGCAAAGAGCAUGUGAAUAUUGAAGAUGCGCGCGAGUAUGGAUGGGCUGGGCACUCAGCCUUUUUGAUGCAUAACAUCUUGAGUAGUGGUCAGCUGGUACAAUUCGCCAUCGCUUGCAAUGACAAGGAAGCUGAGUCUGGGUCUGGCUCACUGAACGAGUGGAAGCGAAUCGUACGUGCCGAGGAGAUCAAGAGACUUUUUCAAGAUUGGCCUCCGCAUCUUCAAAACGCUGUCAAUGAGUUACUUUGCAGUCAGCCUGAGCACGAAGCUUUGUAUCUUUGGGACCACCCCAAGGCACGCACCUACGUUUCUGGUCCUAUCUGUGUGACUGGUGAUGCUGCGCAUUCGACGACGCCGUGGCAGGGCUCCGGGGGUGGUAUGUCCAUUGAGGACAGCCUGAUUCUUUCCACCUUACUAGGACACGCGAAGACACCCGCCGAGGCGCUUAUAGCUUUAAAGGUUUACGACCGGGUCCGUCAGCCUCGCACCCAGCGUAUUGUCGAGUCAAGUCGGGCUACUGGAGAUAUGUUGACAGGAAAUGCCAAACUGGAUCCCAAGACAGGAACUUCGUUCAUGUCAAGAUGGGACUUCAUUAUCGACAUUGAUAUAGAGAAACAUCGCGACGAGGCCUUACAGAUGAUGGACGCCGAGUUGGGAUCACAAUGUCCCAAGAUCACGACUUGA